AGCUCCUGCUACACUCACGCUUAGAGCUACAAGCUAUUGUAUUGUAAUUACUUUAGCUGGUUACGUUCACAGUCACAAUGGCACAAAUGUCGCUUCGAUCGCAGUUGGUGUGUCGGCCGAUUGCCGCGCGUCCUGUCCCUGUUCAACUACCAUGCAUUACAGUAAUGCGCAAAGUACGCGUCUGCUCUACGUCUGAAACGGAUACGGAACUCUUGACGGAGGCCGAGCGGAAGAAGGCUGAGGCGGAGAAGCUGCGAGCCGCGGAAAAAUUCCUUGUCGUCGGUUCUGGGUCAGCAACUUGCAAAGGGUGUGGCUACGAGUACAAGCCGGAAAAGGGAGACCCUGAUUUCCCGGUGCCACCUGGCAUUACCUUUCAAGCGCUGCCUGAUGACUACGCGUGCCCCAUCUGCGGUUCAUCCAAGGAUAAGUUCGAAUCUCGCGUAAAAGUCCUCGCCGGGUUCGCGGAGAACCAACAAUAUGGGUUGGGUGGCAACUCCAUGACUGAGGAGCAAAAGAGCUUACUCAUUUAUGGAGCUAUGACAGUCGCCUUCCUCCUCUUCCUUUCGGGCUACGCCUUGCAGUAGAAGGCCUCUGCCGUACCGGCACGCAGCAUAUGGACCUUGUUAGCAUGAAUGGAGAGAAGAGAGAUUUCUGCCUGCCUGGGGUUUGAAGGGGAAUGGCUGUGGGGGCUAGGGUAAGAGGGCGUGCUAGAGGGCAGACGACGUUGUGAAACCCCUGGAGUGCUUGGUCUUUAGGGUUUCAGUAGGCAUAAGACAUGGGGUUAGGAGCUUUUAUCCGAAUUUUAGCAUGGCUGCCGUUGCCUUACCGCGGUUUGCCUGUGCUUGUGACACUCCUAGACUGGGUGAAGUUGUGGACGGUUGCCUUAUAAUUGCUGGCAAAGUUGAGGGACAUGCAUCGACAAGAGAGAGGAAUGGAACAUCUUAACAUCGCAUUGGCCCUCCUUGUUUUGACACCUUGGGAGCGUCUCUUGUAAAUUUCUUACGCACAAGCAGCAUGUGCUGUGCCCACGGAUAUUGGAAACGUGAGUGAGAUGAAGGCUUUGGUUAACCUCGGUUAUCUUAAUUGUCGUACAAAUGCUGAUGCGCCUCGUAACUUGAGGCGAGGCUUAAGUGUAUUAUUUUGAAGAGGUGUCGGCUGGUUGCAUGGGCACCGGAGCAGCAGGGAAGUAACAUACUGUGUUUUGCCGAUCAUGCAUGCGCUUGUGUGAUCCCACGUGUAGAGAAACAGAGUGCUUGUUGACGUAUGGUUGUGGAGGGGGAGAUCUCGGCGAGUUCAUCCGAGGUUUAGCAGUUCAGGGACGCAGGCUGAUGCGGUAUG